GUGUCAAAGACAAUGGCGGCAGUAGAUUUGGCUGAACUCCAAUUUCUUGAAGAAACAAGAAGCAGUCAUCCUAGUUGGCUGUCAUCAGAAGAUUCUGUCCUUGAUGUGGCAAUCACAACUUUGAUUGGGCCACUUUGUUUGUUACUCAGAAGUUUUGUGAGAUCAAAAUUAAAUCCAAAGACACUUCUUGGAGAAUUCUUUGUGGACUGCAUCUGCCUACUGGGUCCAAUUGUCAUUUCCUUUACUGUUUUUUCAAAUUCUGCUUUCAGGCUAUCAAUAGUAAUAAUGAUUGUUACUUUUUGUAUUGCCUAUGCUUCUGAUGCUGAACCAAUUAUUUCAAUCAACCAGAAAUAUCCCCUUCACUUGUUUGGAAUGCCCUUCCUGAACACUUACAGAGCUCUUGUCAACUUAUGUACAAUAAUUGUCAUUUUGGCUGUUGAUUUCUCCACAAUAUUCCCACAAAGAUUUCAUAAAAGAUACACAAAUGGUUUCUCAUUGAUGGACACUGGUGUAGGGUCCUUUAUAUUUUCCCAUGCACUUGUUGCUCCUGAAUCACGAUAUGAGAUUAUAACAGAGUCUAAAAUAAAAAGAUUAUGGGGAUGUUUGAUAUCAUCAUCAAUGUUGAUAGUACUUGGGUGUGGCAGACUGUUUGUGACAUGGCUGACCGAUUACUCUGUUUCUGAGGAAGAAUACGGGAAACAUUGGAAUUUCUUCUUCACCCUAGCUUCUGUUAAACUUCUAACAACCAUCAUAUAUUGUGCUCUGCCAGCAUCUUGGACAAAAUAUUCCUGGAAGAUAGCUGCCAUAUUAGGUGUUGGUUACCAGUGCCUUCUCUCUCUAACCAACCUUAAAGAUUGGAUGAUAAUAGGGGACAAUAAAGAUGGCUCCUACUCUGGUGGUUUUGUUCAUUCCAAUCGUCCUGGCUUGUUCUCCUCACUUGGUUAUUGCUCGCUCUACAUGUUUGGCGUGCAAAUUGGCAGAUUGAUAUUUGCAGAUAAAAGCCGUUGGAUUGAUCAUGCUAAGUGUUUCGAGAAACUUGCUCUGAUAGCUGCAUCAAGUGGAUUUAUUACUUGGCUUCUUCAUACACACAUUGAUAGGUCAAGCCGCAUGAUCGCCAAUCUAACAUUUGUCAUAUGGCAGGUCUGUCAUAACACCAUUCUCCUUCUGUCAUCCUAUGUUGUGGAUCUUAUAUGUGCCAUGUACUCAACUCCAGAGAAACCACUCAUACCCGGACAGUGUGAACAUUGUUCUGACAGAAAAUCCCGCUCAAACUGCUGCUGCUUGCUCUCCGCUGUAAACAAGAACCAACUGUUCUUUUUCCUGAUCGGUAAUGUCCUCACUGGAGUGGUUAACUUGGCAAUAAAAACUGGGUCCGUUGAUACAGUCCCUGCUCUUGGAGCAUUGUUUUUGUAUGGAACUACUGUUUGUGGGCUUACUUGCUUACUGUUUGUAUUCAAUAUUAGCACUAAGUUUUGGUAACCUAACAAUUUGUUCAGGAAAAUCUCUUUUAAAGUUUUAACUUUCUUCUCUUUUGAACUUGAUUGUAUUAUUUACCAGUAAAGCCUCUUCACUAUGAUCAUUUUAUUCACAUGUGUAAUCUGUACUUAGCUUAGUAGUAGAUUUUGUUAUAGUCGCGAUUUUCAAUAUUGC